UGUGUGUGUGUGCGCGGAGCAGCAGAAGUCCAGAUCACGUAGAGACAAUCGCAGAAACUGCAGAGCAGAUAGCGGCGCAGCCGGAGAUGGAGCCGGAUGGCAAAGAUUCUGUAUCUUUAUUCAGGAGCAUAAGGUUGCUUGCUGAUCACAAGAAGAUGUUGCUGUGGCUCGUUCUGGUUUUGUCAACCCCAGUUUCUUCUACAAAUGCAGAUCCUGACAUCUCGGUGGAAAUUUGCAAUGUUUGCUCGUGUGUGUCAGUUGAGAAUGUACUGUAUGUCAAUUGCGAGAAGGUUGCAGUCUACCGACCAAAUCAGCUCAAACCACCUUGGUCUAAUUUUUACCAUCUUAAUUUUCAGAACAACCUACUGAUUAUUCUAUAUCCAAAUACAUUUCUUAAUUUUACACAUGCAGUGUCCCUGCAACUGGGUAACAAUAAAUUGCAGAACAUUGAGGGAGGAGCAUUCCUUGGGCUCAGUGCAUUAAAACAGUUGCACUUGAACAACAAUGAAUUAAAGAUUCUCCGAGCUGACACUUUCCUUGGCAUAGAGAACUUGGAGUAUCUCCAAGCUGACUACAAUUUAAUCAAGUAUAUUGAACGGGGAGCCUUCAAUAAGCUUCACAAGCUGAAAGUCCUCAUCCUUAAUGACAAUCUGAUUUCAUUCCUGCCCGAUAAUAUUUUUCGAUUCGCUUCUCUAACCCAUCUGGAUAUACGAGGGAAUCGAAUACAGAAGCUUCCCUACAUUGGAGUUCUGGAACACAUUGGUCGAGUUGUCGAACUGCAGCUGGAAGAUAACCCUUGGAAUUGUACCUGUGAUUUGUUGCCUUUGAAAGCCUGGCUGGAGAAUAUGCCCUAUAACAUUUACAUUGGAGAAGCUAUCUGUGAAACGCCCAGUGACUUGUAUGGAAGGCUUUUAAAGGAAACCAAUAAACAGGAAUUAUGCUCCAUGGGGACUGGGAGUGAUUUUGAUGUGCGCAUUCUGCCUCCAUCCCAGUUGGAGCCUGGUUACAGCACGCCUAAUGGCCACACUACGCAAACGUCAAUGCACAGGUUAGUCACCAAGCCUCCGAAAACUACAAAUCCUUCCAAGAUCUCGGGGAUAGUAGCAGGAAAAGCGCUCUCUAAUCGCAAUCUCAGUCAAAUUGUGUCUUACCAGACCAGGGUACCUCCUCUAACUCCUUGCCCAAGCCCAUGUGUCUGCAAAACUCAUCCUUCUGAUUUGGGAUUAAGCGUAAACUGCCAAGAAAGAAAUAUAGAAUCAUUGGCCGAACUCGUACCAAAACCUUUCAAUGCCAAGAAACUGCAUGUAAAUGGCAAUUAUAUUAAGGAUGUGGACACCUCAGAUUUCAUUGACUUUGAAGGGCUGGAUUUACUACAUUUAGGCAGCAAUCAGAUUGCAGUAAUCAAAGGGGCAGUUUUCCGCAACCUUACAAAUUUACGGAGAUUGUAUCUUAAUGGCAAUCAGAUAGAGCGGCUGAGUCCAGAAAUGUUUGCUGGCCUCCAUAAUUUGCAAUAUCUGUAUUUGGAAUACAACAUUAUCAAAGAAAUUUUAGCCAGCACCUUUGACUUAAUGCCAAAUUUGCAGUUGCUCUACUUGAACAACAAUCUUCUUAGAAGUCUGCCGGCUUACAUUUUUGCUGGUGCUCCACUGGCUAGACUGAAUCUGAGGAACAAUCAUUUCAUGUAUCUACCUGUAAGUGGCGUUCUUGAUCAGCUCAAAUCUCUUACACAAAUUGAUUUGGAAGGUAAUCCGUGGGACUGCACGUGUGAUUUAGUUGCUUUAAAACUAUGGCUGGAAAAACUAAAUGAAGGUAUUGUGGUGAAGGAAUUAAAAUGUGAAACACCUGUUCAGUUUGCUAACAUUGAACUGAAGUCUCUCAAAAAUGAGAUCUUAUGUCCCAAACUUUUAAACAAGCCAUCUGCUCUGUUCACUAGUCCUGUGCCUGCUGUCACUUUUACUACACCGUUGGGUCCAAUUCGAAGUCCUCCUGGUGGCCCAGUUCCAUUGUCCAUCCUAAUCUUAAGCAUACUAGUUGUGCUUAUUUUAACAGUGUUUGUUGCUUUUUGCCUUCUUGUCUUUGUGCUUCGGCGCAACAAGAAACCAACAGUAAAGCACGAAGGAAUUGGGAACCAAGAGUGCAGUUCCAUGCAACUGCAGCUAAGAAAGCAUGACCACAAAUCAAACAAAAAGGAUGGACUAGGUGCAGAGGCCUUCAUUCCUCAAACCAUUGAGCAGAUGAGCAAAAGUCACACUUGUGGCUUAAAAGAAUCCGAAACAGGCUUCACGUUUGCUGAUCCACAAGGGCAAAAAAUCAUUCUGAGAAAUAUUACCGACAAGGAAAAGGAUUUAUUGCAUGUGGAUACCAGAAAAAGACUGAGCACAAUUGAUGAACUGGAUGAGUUGUUUCCUGGGAGGGAUUCCAAUGUAUUUAUUCAGAAUUUUCUUGAAAGUAAAAAAGAAUACAACAGCAUAGGGGUCAGUGGCUUUGAAAUACGUUAUCCAGAGAAACAACAAGACAAAAAAAUCAAGAAGUCAUUAAUAGGUGGUAAUCAUAGUAAAAUUGUAGUAGAGCAAAGAAAGAGUGAAUAUUUUGAACUGAAAGCUAAACUUCAAGGUUCACCUGACUACCUACAAGUCCUUGAAGAACAAACAGCUUUGAAUAAAAUAUAGGUCAUGCAAUCUUAUUUCUUACAGAGGACAUUUAUUU